UGUUUUUUUUUUUAUAUUGUGGCGUCCCGGUGAUAGUAGCGUGAAUCCCGGUGAUGUAACGUUUUCGUAAACGUGGGUUGGAUUUUAUGCAGGAGUUCAUUUUAAAACUGUCUGAAUGUUAAGAUUUUCUCGAUGACUCUUAUUAUAUUGUAAUAUUAUAAAAAGUAAGGCAUUUUUAGAAAAAAAAAUGAGAGUACAGAUUCGUCGUGAGUGUGUGUUUCUUUCACUGAAUUUAGCCAGUAAGAUAUACUGUCGCUUUUUCAGUUUUUCAAGAGGGGGCAAAGCACUCGGUGUCUUUGAAACGCCGUACCAGGCAAUGUACCCUGCAUCUGUUAAACGUGCCCGUACGACUUCACGUUUGCACAGAUGUAACCUGGGCACAAGCCCCGUGGAGCAACCGAACGCAUGGUCUCGGAUUAAAAGGAUAUCAAUUGAAGGAAAUAUUGCUGUGGGGAAGUCUACCUUUGCUCGGCUGUUACAGAAGACAGAGAGGCAGUGGGAGGUCAUAGCAGAGCCCCUCAACAAGUGGCAGAACAUCCAGACACCUGGACCAUCUGAGGUAAGAGACAACAACAGAGGUGUGUCAGCCUCCCAGCAGACUGCCAGUAACCUGCUGCAGAUGAUGUAUGAGGAGCCUCAGCGCUGGUCCUAUACCUUUCAGACGUACUCCUGCAUGAGUCGCAUCAAGUCCCACCUGGAGCCCCCCCCUCUCCAGCUGCUGCAGUUGGAGAAGCCCAUACAGAUCUUUGAGAGGUCUGUCUACAGUGACAGGUAUGUCUUUGCACUGACCUUAUUUGAGUUGGGCUACAUCAAUGAAACUGAGUGGGCUAUCUAUCAGGACUGGCAUACAUUUCUGGUGCAGCAGUUUGGCCGAAGAAUUCAACUAGAAGGCAUCGUCUACCUGAGAGCAAACCCAGAGAGGUGUCUGGAGCGCUUGGGUCACAGGGCCAGGCCAGAAGAGAAGGGCAUCCAGCUGGAAUACCUGGAGAAACUUCACAAACAGCAUGAGAACUGGCUCGUUCACAGAACCACACCGCUGCACUUUGAGCACCUGAAGAACAACCCUGUUCUGGUGCUGGAUGUCAACAAUGAGUUUGAAAAGAAUGAGGACGUUCAGUGGAAACUCAUGGGCAAGGUGAAGACGUUUUUGGAUGGCCUGUGAAAAUAAAAACAUACCAAUGGACUAGAUUGUGACAUUUAAAAGGAUAUGCAAUAUAUAUCUAGUUAUUGGGACCACAAAGCAAAUUGAAUUUUUGCUUACAAAAUAGGAAGAGGUAGGGUCUGCAUAUGUUGACUCAUCAGAUGAAGAUUUUAAGUAUUUUUAUACAGUAUUUGCUACUGUACUGUUUCUGAUGUGGUCAGAUCUGAAGCAUGAAGUAUGGAUAGACUUUUUUAACUUUAUUCCCAAACUGCUGUACAGUAUUUUGACAAUGCUGUUAGUGGUGACCACUGGAUACCUCACACCUCUCACCUGACCAGCUGCAUCAGAUUUGGUGUGUACUGCAUUAUUGGUGGAGCUGAAGAGUGUUGUUUGUACUGUAGGUACUUCACUCAGUCAUUGUAAGCUAAAGGAAAUAAAGAAAAUGCUGCCUGAAUGAA